UCAGAAGUUGAAACAGCACAAGUAGCACAAUUUCUUAGUAAUCAUAGUGAUACAAUUGUACAUUAUAUUAAUUUUCAUGCAUUUUCACAAUAUUGGAUGGCACCAUGGGCUUAUACAACAACAAGACCAGCACAAUUUAAAUUACUAGAUGAUGGAUCAGCUGAAGCUGUUCAAGCACUUAAGGCUGUUGAGGGUACAAAAUAUACUCAUGAUAGUAUUGCCCAAAUUAUUUAUGUUGGAUGA